CUAGAGGGCGCAAUGUCAAUUUCAUCACACAGGCGAGGCGAGACUCUCUUUCUGCAGCGGCCAUCGCUGUUUUUGUUUUUUUUUGUCGUGACAGGAGUCCUUCACAGCUCAUAUUUUUCCGUUUUUUAUUCGUAUAGGUCAUAUUUAUUGGGUUAUUUUUAUUUUAAAAUGCGGCAUUUUUAAUGACAGUCAUUAAAUCAGCUUAAUACUAAUUUAUUCUGUGCCGAGUUCACUAAAAAGGCACGUCUGGGUCAGUACGUUCAUGAAGGUCGGAUGACAGGUGAGAAUUUGGGUUUUGCGCUAAAAAAGACAAAAUGAGCGACAGCGUUCAUCUUAGUUUGGCAAACACGGGUAAAGAGGGCCAUACCCCCGCACCCGCGGAAAGCAGCACCACCCCGUCCGACCAGGAGAACUUCCCGUACGACACGGAAGACCCGGGCGAAGAGAGCGACGUGCCGGAGGCGAGAGACGGCGCGGCCAGUCCGGAGGACCUCAACGACGACGAGACGUCCGGAGAGAGCGAGAACGUGUCCAAAACCUGCAUCUAUGACGGCUGCACGGAGACCACGACGCAGGUGGCCAAAGCCAGGAAACCCUGGAUGUGCAAAAAACACCGGAAUAAAAUGUACAAGGACAAGUAUAAGAAAAAGAAAAGCGACCAGGCCAUGUCAUCGGGAAAACUAGAAGAGGGUUCGGAGGAGAGGCCUGUAUCUGUUACUAAGCAACGGCUGGGCAACAUGGGAGACAGACCAGCCAGACCGUCCCUCAUUGAGCAGGUGCUGAACCAGAAGAGACUGGUAAGAGCAUUGAAACACUUGGGGUUUGCACUAGAGUAG